AGGAAGAUGGGCGAGCUCAGAAAAUCGAGAUGCAUCUGAAGCCCUGGGCUCCUCAGCCCCGCGGGGUCGCCAUGGACCCUGACAGCCCCUGAAACUUGCCCUGAGCUCUCUCAUGCCUGCAGCCCUGAGCAAUGGGACACCUUUCCUGCAGCGAUCAUAACUUAUUCGGCGGGGACCAGAGAACAGGGAUCGCAAGGCGACAACAGACUCGCACGCAGGCAGGGAAACGAGAUUCCGGGACUCGGUCGCGAUGCGCCAGCCUGGCACAUUCUCCGGUAUUUAACUGAAGGCAGCACCGUCCAUCGCUUUCCCUGGCCCCUAGCCCCCUCAGGCCAGCCCAGGGGCAUAAAGCCCUGCUCUCUCUACCCAAGAUGCUCGCCCAAUCUAACGGUCGGAGGCCAGCGCUCUGAUCGCCACAGAAGAUUUUUUUCCCUUGCAUGGAGCUGGCCGUUUAAACAGAAAAACAGGGGUAAAAAAGAAAAUAUACCCACCCCCAAACGUGCCUCCCCAGCGCCGCAGGGAGCCAACAGACAAGCUGGAGUUUAACAAACAGCAAUACUCUUCGCGCUCCUGAAAAGCAGGGCUGGACGCUCUCCGUGGUGCUGAAACGCUUCACGGCUGCCUCUGUCCGUGGUACCUACAGCCCCCUCGUUCCAAUUUCCCCUGGGGCUCUCCCUCCGCGCCCCUGUUCUCCACCUCCCCUUAGCAUCUGGAUUAUUUUUUCAAUAGCGCUCGCUGGUUUUGUAAGUGCCAAUUUGAAACAUUUUUUACCCUCAUAACUCGUGGACUACAAAGCACAAGGACCUGAAAAAUGUACAGCUUCAAUACUCUUCGACUCUACCUUUGGGAGACCAUUGUAUUCUUCAGCCUUGCUGCUUCGAAGGAGGCUGACGCUGCCCGCUCCGCGCCCAAGCCUAUGUCACCCUCGGAUUUCCUGGAUAAGCUCAUGGGGAGAACCUCUGGAUACGAUGCCAGGAUCAGGCCCAACUUCAAAGGUCCCCCGGUGAAUGUGAGCUGCAACAUUUUCAUCAACAGCUUCGGCUCCAUUGCUGAGACAACCAUGGACUAUAGGGUCAACAUCUUCCUGCGGCAGCAGUGGAACGACCCCCGGCUGGCCUACAAUGAGUACCCGGAUGACUCUCUGGACCUGGACCCAUCCAUGUUGGAUUCCAUCUGGAAACCCGACCUGUUCUUCGCCAACGAGAAGGGGGCCCACUUCCACGAGAUUACCACAGACAACAAACUGCUGAGGAUCUCCCGGAACGGAAAUGUCCUCUAUAGCAUCAGAAUCACCCUGACACUGGCCUGCCCCAUGGACUUAAAGAAUUUCCCCAUGGACGUCCAGACGUGUAUCAUGCAACUGGAAAGCUUUGGCUAUACCAUGAAUGACCUGAUCUUCGAGUGGCAGGAGCAGGGAGCUGUGCAGGUGGCAGAUGGACUAACUCUACCCCAGUUUAUCCUGAAAGAAGAGAAGGACUUGAGAUAUUGCACGAAGCAUUACAACACAGGGAAAUUCACCUGCAUUGAGGCCCGGUUCCACCUGGAGCGACAGAUGGGCUACUACCUGAUCCAGAUGUACAUUCCCAGCCUGCUCAUUGUCAUCCUUUCAUGGAUAUCCUUCUGGAUCAACAUGGAUGCCGCGCCAGCCCGUGUGGGCCUGGGCAUCACCACUGUGCUCACCAUGACCACCCAGAGCUCUGGCUCCCGAGCAUCCCUGCCCAAGGUGUCCUAUGUGAAAGCCAUUGACAUUUGGAUGGCGGUGUGCCUGCUCUUCGUGUUCUCAGCCCUGCUUGAGUAUGCCGCUGUCAACUUUGUGUCUCGGCAGCACAAAGAGCUGCUCCGAUUCAGGAGGAAGCGAAGACAUCACAAGAGCCCCAUGCUGAAUCUGUUCCAGGAGGAUGAGGCCGGAGAAGGCCGCUUCAACUUCUCUGCUUAUGGGAUGGGCCCAGCCUGUCUGCAGGCCAAGGAUGGCAUCUCAGUCAAAGGCGCCAAUAACAACAAUACCACCAACCCCCCUCCCGCACCGUCUAAGUCCCCAGAGGAGAUGCGAAAACUCUUCAUCCAGAGGGCCAAGAAGAUUGACAAAAUAUCCCGCAUUGGCUUCCCCAUGGCCUUCCUCAUCUUCAACAUGUUCUACUGGAUCAUCUACAAGAUUGUCCGCAGGGAGGACGUCCACAACCAGUGACGGGUCUGGGAUGGGGCGGGAGUGGGGGAGGCUGGGAGAGGGCAGAAUGGAAAUAGCACAGGAAUCUGAGAGCCUAAGGAAGAGAAGGGAAAGAGAGGGAGGGGGCACACAUACACAACUCCCUCUUUCUCUGAAAAAUGUGCAAUAGCAAAAUGCAGUGAUGCAUGAAUCUUAGA